UAUCCGGAUCAGGGCUCAGUUCUCGGAGCUGCGGCAUGUCGUUCUACCGAAACUCUCUGCAUUGAUGACUAUCUAAUUUACCUUCAAAAGAUCGGUUUUGAUGGUCCUGACGAGGGACAGAUAGAUGAAUUGAACUUCCUCUUUCAGGCCAACCAUUUACCUAUUUCCGUUUUUCAACCUAACGUUCAAAAUCGUGAUCGGGAGUCAAGUGCAUCUCAGACCUUUCCUACACCGACUACUUCCACCAGUUGUGCUACCGUAAAGCCUGGGCCGGCUGAAAUUGAUCUGGCGUCUCACCUGGUUGUGUCAGUCAAACCUGAACAGGAUGACUUGCUACUUACUCCUCAACAUGCCAGCUCUGUCGAUGAAUUCACUUUGGACACAGAAUCCUCGGAAAAUGUGACCGAUUUUACGCCCCGAAAACCUUCAGUAUCAAAAAGGACUCUGGAAUCUUUCGAAGGCGCUUGUUCUACUCUUGGUUGUACCAGGAUGCCUUCAGAGUACCUCGAUCUUAGUCCUUCUCCGUACGGUUCUGUAGUUAGAUCGCUGCAGUGCUACACGGAAUCUGGAAGCCCUCCACCAGCGCCAUUCAUCACACGAGCUGCACUCUCAAGUCAU